GCCAGUUCUGAAGCCCAUCUGUGGGCAAGUGUGAGGGGCUCCGCACGUGGGGCUGGGGCUGGGGCUGGGGCUGGCAGCCGGCAGGAGGGCUGAGCGUGUGUUUGGUUCAGUGUGUCGUGCGUGGGGGUGGUGUGUAAGCGUCGUCUCCUUAGGGUUUGAGCGGGGGAGAAAUCAAUGUGGUCAUUAGUCGUGGAAAGAAUUCCACCCAGGGUGCCGGGACCAGCGUGCGUGGAAGCCCAUCCGAUGGUACCUCACAGGGACUAGGAGAGACGAGCCUGGUCGGACAGUGAGAAUAUGAACCUCUUACCUAAGAGCUCCAAGGAGUUUGGCUCCGUGGACUAUUGGGAGAAGUUCUUCCAGCAGCGAGGAAAGAAAGCUUUCGAGUGGUACGGAACCUACCUGGAACUGUGCGGCGUGCUGCACAAAUACAUCAAACCCAGGGAAAAGGUGCUGGUGAUUGGGUGCGGUAACUCAGAGCUAAGCGAACAGCUGUAUGAUGUGGGCUAUCAGGAUAUAGUGAACAUUGACAUCAGUGAGGUGGUCAUCAAGCAGAUGAAGGAACGCAAUGCCAGCCGCCGGCCCCAGAUGAGCUUCUUGAAGAUGGACAUGACCCAGAUGGAGUUUGCCGACGCUUCGUUCCAGGUGGUGUUGGACAAGGGCACCCUGGACGCUGUGCUGACAGAUGAGGAGGAGAAGACCCUGCAACAAGUGGACAGGAUGCUGGCUGAGGUUGGCCGUGUCCUGCAGGUGGGCGGUCGCUACCUCUGCAUCUCCCUGGCUCAGGCUCACGUCCUGAAGAAAGCAGUGGGUCACUUCUCUCGGGAGGGGUGGAUGGUGAGGGUGCACCAGGUGGCCAGCAGCCAGGACCAGGUGUUGGAAGCAGAGCCUCGGUUCUCCCUGCCUGUGUUUGCCUUCAUCAUGACCAAGUUCAGGCCGGGCCCUGGCUCUGCCCUUCAGAUCUUUGAGCUCUGUGCUCAGGAGCAGGGCAAGCCUGUGCGGCUGGAGAGUGCCGAGCGGCUGGCCGAGGCGGUGCGGGAGCGGCAGCAGUAUGCCUGGCUGUGCGGCCAGCUGUACCGCAAGGCCGGGCUGGGGAGUGUCUCUCUGGACUUGUGCGAUGGGGACACAGGGGAGCCACGCUACACCCUCCACGUGGUGGACAGCCCCGCUGUGAAACCAUCGCGGGACAAUCAUUUUGCCAUUUUCAUCAUCCCCCAGGGUCGCGAGACCGAGUGGCUCUUUGGCAUGGAGGAGGGUCGGAAGCAGCUGGCAGCCAGCGCAGGCUUCAGGAGGCUGAUCACAGUGGCCCUUCACCGAGGUCAGCAGUACGAAGGCAUGGACAGCAUCCAGGCCGAGCUGUCAGCCAGAGUCCUGGAGCUGGCCCCUGCCGGGAUGCCCACCCAGCAGCAGGUGCCCUUUCUGUCUGUGGGUGGGGACAUUGGGGUCCGGACCGUUCAGCACCAAGCCUGCAGUCCCUUGAGUGGCAACUAUGUCGUCGAGGACGUGCAGGGGGAUGACAAGCGCUACUUCCGGCGGCUGAUCUUCCUCAGCAACAGGAAUGUGGUGCAGUCAGAAGCUAGGUUGCUGAAGGAUGUGUCCCACAGAGCCCAGAAGAAACGGAAAAAGGACAGGAAGAAGCAGCGGCCUGCUGACACUCCGGAGGACCUCCCUGCAGCCCCGGGGCAGUCCAUUGACAAGAGUUACUUGUGCUGUGAACACCACAAAGCAAUGAUUGCUGGCCUUGCCCUGCUGAGAAGCCCGGAGCUGCUCCUAGAGACCCCACUGGCAUUGUUGGUGGUAGGCCUGGGCGGGGGCAGCCUCCCUCUGUUUGUCCACGAUCAUUUCCCGAAGUCCUGCAUUGAUGCUGUGGAGAUCGACCCCUCCAUGUUGGAAGUGGCCACCCAAUGGUUUGGCUUCUCCCAGAGCGACCGGAUGAAGGUCCACAUUGCAGAUGGCCUGGACUAUAUUACCAGCCUGGCAGGAAGAGAAGUGCGGCCCCACUACAGCGUCAUCAUGUUUGACGUAGACAGUAAGGACCCGACACUGGGGAUGAGUUGUCCGCCGCCGGCUUUUGUGGACCAGCCUUUCCUGCAGAAGGUCAAAAGCAUCUUGACUCCUGAAGGUGUCUUUAUCCUCAACCUUGUGUGCCGAGACUUGGGGCUGAAGGACUCAGUGCUGACCGGGCUCAAGGCCGUGUUCCCUCUCCUGUAUGUCCGGCGAAUUGAAGGUGAAGUAAACGAGAUCCUGUUCUGUCAGCUGCACCCGGAGCAGAAACUUUCCACGCCAGAGCUCUUGGAAAUGGCCCAGGCCUUGGAGCAGACCCUGCGGAAGCCUGGGAGGGGGUGGGAUGACACCUACAUACUGUCAGAGAUGCUCAAGACCGUGAAGAUCGUGUGAUUGCUGAGGCCGGGAAGUCUGCUCAGCUUCGUGCCGGACUGGCAUUGGGCUCCUGGCCUGUGAGAGAUUGAAGAGAUAUAAUGCACCAUAUUUUUUAAGCCUCAUAUUUUUCUUGGUUUCAUACUCAGCUGCAUGCGACCUCCAGCUUAGCGAGGUUGCCUGAAGAUCUGGGAAAAUAAAAAAUGUCCUUCCCGUCUUGUCCUCUUUAGUUCCACUUGGUUGACCCCCUCUGCUUCCCUGUACUGUGUCCUGGAGCAGGAUUCCCAGCUGAUGCCUUAACGACUAUACAGCAAGCUCCUUAGGAUGGAAGACAAUCAACUUUGAGUGCUGGUUUGCUUUUGCUUUAUCUUCCUCUUGCUUCUGUAGGAAUGAUCUCCAGGGAGAUAGCACAGCAUUCUGUGCCAAAAGACUGUAAAAAGAGCAGGAUUCCCAUAGAUGUGAGACAGAUUUGACAGAACAUCCACUCUGCCUCCCUCCAGAUAGAGCUGCCACUGACAUCCCGAGUUUUAAGAAUCCAGCUAACCCGCUUUACUAAGCAGCUUUCCCCAGGUAUCCAAACCUUGUAGCCUAAGCUGUUUGUUCUGUUCUCGGCAGAAGGGGUGGAUAUAAGUGGCCCCCAUAACUGUGCAUGUCAGAGACAGAGACUAAAGUCUGUCUAAACCGACUAAAGUCGGUUUACUCACCUUCGCUGAGUGACAGCUGCAUGUGGGACCCAGCGUAGAGAGCUGUGGUGGAAGGAAAGGUGGUUAAGAACGGGCAGCAAACAUGGAUUAGCAAUAAAAAUUAACAUGUUCCAAUAACUCCUUAAGUGAUUUACGUAAGCUGUCUUAUUUAAUGAGAUAAAGGAAAGUUAAGCCAAAACUACAUCUAAUCCCAGAUCUCACUGGAGCCAGAAGCAUCAAGCUUGUACAACUGUGAAACCAGCAGUUCCGAGAUUGGCUUGAAGUUCAUCUCUCCUAAUGAUGCCAGGGCUGACUUAAUGAGCAGUGCCAUGGAAAGUACACUUUGUCGCCCUCCACCACCCCAGCUUGCUUCACAGGCCCUUUAAAAUGGACUCUGAGCUCUUGAGGUGAAGCAUAUUUCAAAGACAGGGUGUCAUCCAUACAGAAUGGUGUCAGCCCAUUGAAGAAGGAUGUGAGGACAGAGUAGAAUUUUUGGAUUUUACCCAUUAUAAAAAUUUGGUGUUCCUUAGGGGAUGAUCUACCCUGGAGCCAUCCCGUGUCACGCCCCUGCACCUCAAAGGGCCCUAGUUUGGGAAUCCUCCAUUGUUUUCUACUCUGUAAGUUCAUGCAAGGUUAGGAUAGGUGAUAGGGGAACAGGGUCUGAGUCAAAGGGUCUAGUCUGACUGCCCUUCAGUCCUCUCUUUCUAGCUGUGCUGACUUUUGAAUAGCUCAUUUGGGUGGCACAGCCAAACUAAGGAAUUACCAGAGUGAAGAUUAGAUCUCAGCUAUGUCUGAGGGGAGUCGUCCUGGGAGUUAGGCAGGCUUGUUGGAGAGAAGCCUCCUUGGAGGUGGGAAAAGGCCUGCAGGUGUGCCGAUAGUUGUGUUAAAAAUCGGGGAAGUCUGGCUGUGAAAGAAGAGUGAAGCGGCUGAUGCGUGCCUCCAAAGGCUGAAGAGAGACCAGUGGGCAGAAAUCACAGUUGUGCAGCUCUCAGCCUAAUUUCCUACAAAAAGCCUUGUGCCAAUGGAGACCACUUUGCUCACUGGAUCACGUGGUGGCUCAGGCCGUUUACUCAAACACUAGUCCUGACUCCCCUCACUGCGCUCCCUAAGUUGUGAGGAAAGGGGCUUCUGUGUACAGGCACUGCCCUCAGCCUGUAUCCCAUCUUUCUCAAUGGAGAGCUAUCCCCUCUUUUAGGGGGGUGGGGAUGAGUUUCCAUUUUCUUUUUAUUUUUUAUCGAGAUGUAAUUGGCAUACCACAUUAAUUAGUUUCAGGAGUACAACAUGAUUAUUUGUAUAUAUUGCAAAAUGAUCACCAAAAUAAGUUUAGUUAACAUCUAAGAGCUAUUCACUUUUACAUGGAUGACAGGCAGAUGAGUCUUUAUGAGAAUUUUGCCUAACUAGGCACAUGAAUUCUGGAGUGGGGGAAGCCCGUGAACUCAGACACCUUCCAGACUAGGCAAGUAACAUGAAGUGAAGUGAGACGUAAAACAUAAAGGCUGGGAAGAAGCCCGCGGCAAACCAGAGAGGAAGUGCCCCAUCAAAAGGCAGCAGCUGUUCUGAGUGAGCACUGUCCUGGAGCGCUGUGCCAGCACUGCUAGAUCUUUUAAGACAAGCAGAAAUCCUGAAUGUAUCUGUGUGUGUGAAUUUUAAAAUGUUGGCCAAUCAGGAAGUAUCUUCAAGACCUAUUCACCCCAUGGGCAGGUAAUUUGCGUCUUCCACUCUAGGCGAGCGUCUACAGAGCGCUUGAGAAUCUGGCAUACACCCAGCUCUGAGAGCAUAAAACAGGGAACAAGCUGGGCGCCUGGGUGGCUCAGUCGGUUAAGCGUCCCACUUGGCGCAGGUCAUGAUCUCAGAGCUUGUGAGUUUGAGCCCCACGUUGGGCUCUGUGCUGACAGCCAGGAGUUUGCUUCAGAUUCUGUCUCUGUCCCUCUCCCUCUGCUCCUCCUCUGCUUAUGCUCUGUCUCUCUGUCCCUCUCUCUCAAAUAUAAAAUAAAACAUGAAAAAAAAAAACCAUGAAAAAAGGAGGAAGAUGAUAGCUACCAGUCUCAAAAGUCUGUUAAAUUCCCAUUUUGGGUUAUGACCUACAUUUUCUGUAAUGGCUACUCCUGAGUAUAGAUCAACUGCCAUCCUUGAAGUAGUGCAUAAUUUUAUUUUUAUUUUUUGAGAGAGAGAGAGGGGGAGAUCAUGUGUGUGUUCUUGCUUGCAGGGGAGGGGCAGAAGGAGAGGGAGAGAAUCUCAGGCAGGUUCCACUCCCAGUGCAAAGCCCUAUGUGGGGCCUCACGACUGUCGAAGAUCAUGACCUGAGCUGAAAUCAAGGGCCAAUCAACAGUUGGACAUCUAACCAACUGAACUACCCAGGUACCCCUGGAUAGUGUACAAUUUAACUUCCCAGAUCUAUUGGAGGCUGAAUGAUAAUAAAUCACCUUACAACCCUCUCCCCUUCCUGCAGGACCAGUUCUGCAACAAUGUAAAAUUGGUGACGCUGGCUAUUGCCCCUUCUCCACCCUCCCCAACACAACAAUUCUUCAGUGUGCCUCCAGUCUUCCAUCAUGGCUCAGCUUGCUAACUGGGCCACUUCUUGAGCCAAUCUUGUGGGUAAACCAGUAGUUCUUGGCUUCACAUUGGAGUCAUCUGAUCUGGUAAUAAUGGUCCCUACAUAUGUCCAUGUUCUAAUCUUCAUAACCUAUGAAUAUAUUACAUUACAUGGCAAAGGGGAAUUAACGUAGCAGAUGCAUUUGAUUUCGAUACUGUAAAUCAACUAAUAGGAAAGUAUUCUUGAUUAUCUGGGUGGGCCCAACACAAUCACAGGGGUCUUGAAAUGUAGGAGAGGGAGGCAGAGAAGUCAAUGUCAGACUGAUGCAAUAUGAGAAAGACUUAACUGAUGGUUGUUGGCUUUGAAGAUGGAAAGUCAACCUCUAGAAGCUGGAAGAGUUGAGAGAACUGAGUGUCCCGUAGAGCCUCCAGGAGGGAUUCAAAUCUGCCAACACCUUGAUUUUAGCUCACUGAGAACUCUUUUGGACUAAUGCAUUAUAGAUGUAUAAGAUAAUAAAUUUGUUUU